CCUUUUUUGAACAGCACACACCCUACACGUAAAAUGCAUUAAGAAAGCGGAAACCUGUGGAAAGCAUGUGAGGACGAGAAAACUCCAAAAUCUCAGAAAUGCCAUUCAGUGCUGUAAAGAAUUGUUCCUGUUGACGAGUUCACUUUAUGGCAAUCUGAAUAGGCUUUCUAUUUCUCCAUCUAAACUGACAACGACUGUACUAGGGUUAUCUCCACCCCUUGAAGAAAGGAUGUUUCCUGGCAGCUAGCGACAUUGCUGUUACAGUAGCAAUCUGAUUGGCUGAUGAGGUUUAUAAAAGGGAAUUCUGACAUUGGAAACAUGGUCUGUAAAUCGCUUCUCAGUUUUGGGAAACAGCUCCUUCGCAUCAAAGUGGUAGACUGCAAUGCUGAGGAGAGCCGCCUGUCCAGAUGCCUGAACACAUUUGAUCUCAUCGCCCUUGGGGUUGGCAGCACCCUGGGAGCAGGUGUCUAUGUCCUAGCUGGAGCUGUGGCCAGAGAGAACGCAGGGCCUGCCAUCGUCCUGUGCUUUCUGAUUGCUGCCCUGGCCUCAGUCCUAGCCGGCCUCUGCUAUGCAGAGUUUGGAGCUAGAGUACCAAGGACUGGGUCUGCCUACCUCUACAGCUACGUGACUGUCGGAGAACUCUGGGCUUUCAUCACUGGCUGGAAUCUGAUUCUGUCCUAUGUGAUAGGUACGUCGAGUGUAGCUCGGGCGUGGAGUGCUACCUUUGAUGAGCUCAUCGGCAAACACAUUGAACACUUCUGCCGGGUAUACAUGCCAAUGAAGGCCCCUGGAAUCUUAGCAGACUACCCUGAUAUCUUUUCUGUAGUCAUUAUCCUUGUUUUAACAGGGCUUUUAGCUUUCGGUGUGAAAGAGUCUGCCAUGGUGAAUAAAGUCUUCACCUGCAUCAAUGUCCUGGUUCUGCUUUUUGUGGUUGUGUCCGGGCUAGUGAAGGGAACUAUAAAGAACUGGCAGUUGAACGAAGAGGAAAUGAUCAAUGGAACCAACAUUUCAUCUUUUAAUUUUACAGAGGAAGAGUCUAAGGCGUGGAAGUAUGGAGCUGGGGGGUUCAUGCCCUUUGGCAUUUCAGGAGUCCUCUCGGGGGCAGCCACCUGCUUUUAUGCCUUUGUGGGAUUUGACUGCAUUGCUACCACAGGAGAAGAAGUAAAGAAUCCCCAGAGAGCCAUUCCGAUUGGGAUUGUGGCCUCCCUCCUGAUCUGCUUUGUUGCCUACUUUGGUGUAUCGGCUGCCCUGACAUUAAUGAUGCCCUACUACAUGCUAGAUAAGAACAGCCCCCUGCCUGUUGCCUUCAAGUAUGUGGGCUGGGAAGGAGCCACAUACGCAGUGGCUGUUGGUUCACUGUGUGCCCUCUCAACCAGUCUUCUUGGUGCCAUGUUCCCAAUGCCUAGAGUGAUUUGGGCUAUGGCAGAGGAUGGGUUGCUCUUCAGAUUUUUGGCUAAAGUCAGCCAGAGAACCAAAACACCCUUAACUGCUACAUUAACUUCAGGGGCGGCUGCAGCAAUCAUGGCGUUCCUCUUUGACCUGAAGGAUCUGGUGGAUCUCAUGUCUAUCGGCACUCUGCUUGCCUACACGCUGGUAGCAGCCUGUGUUUUAGUGCUUAGAUACCAGCCUGAUCAACCCAGUCUGGCAUACCAAAUGGCAAACACAACAGAUGAGAGUGAACUGAACGAAUCUGUGAGCAACAGUGAUUCCCAACUUGGGUUUCUACCUGAGGAAGAGGAGAAAUGUACUCUGAAGACCUUGCUGUUUCCCCAGAACCCUAAUCCUAGCAGACUGUCAGGGUUUGCAGUUAACAUCUGCGCCAGUGUCCUUGGAGUCCUUAUCUUUACUUUCUGCCUCAUAACUGUCCUUGGCGGAGCAGCCACAUGGUCUAUAGUGUGUCUUGUAUUGCUUGCUUUCUCAAGUGCUGGCGUCACUGCUAUAAUCUGGAGACAACCAGAAAACAAAGCCAAGCUGUCCUUCAAGGUUCCGUUGCUACCUUUCCUUCCAGUGUUCAGCAUGUUCGUGAAUGUAUACCUCAUGGUGCAGUUGGGCAAGGGUACAUGGAUAAGAUUUGCUAUUUGGAUGGUACUCGGCUUCUUUAUCUACUUUGGCUAUGGAAUCAGGCAUAGCACAGAGGCUGUGUUGGCUCAAUCAGGCACAGAGGUCACUAGGAAUGGAUACAAACAAACCCAAGUAUUCAAUCGUGACACAAUGGCACCCGAAAAGGAAGCAUUUCUGGAAGAUGAAGAAUCAGAUGCAAGAAAUCCGUGGAACGCGGAGGAAGGUGACCCCUAAAGAUAGAGACAACGUCUCGGACACCUCCACGCCCGGUCUCUGCUUUAGCUGAUUUUGACGUUGAGGAAGACAACGGGAACACAGGAAAAUAAAUCCUGCCAGCCAAUCUUCACUGACAACAACGGAGAGAAAUCAGUUGGCAAAUGCUAUAUUGUUUGCAAACCUCUGUGUGCCAAUGGCUCUUUCAGUGCUGCUAUACUUUAGUGGAUACGAUCCUGAACUUCAUCGACUUACACCAUAUACAGCUUUUGGCCAGUGCUGUUACAAAAACCUGUUUGUUUUUGUUUGAAUAGAAGAACACUUAAGAAUAUCUCAUUUUUCUAUACAAGAAUCCACUGAGGCCUACCAAAGGAAGCUCCUAUGUUUAAAAACAAGGGUUAAACUUGUGUGCAGCAGCUAUUUUUUUAUUUUAUGUUGGCUGUAUUGCUCGGUUUGUUAUGAGCACAAAUAAUGUAUCUAAUGUAGUUUUUGUUGUAACCGAUUGAAUUGGUUAAUAGCGGUCUGGUAGGUGUGUUUCUUAAAAUAUUAUUGUAGCUGUAAGGCUGAAUUUAGAGGGCUGACAGGGUUCACUUUUCAAAAUGAGGGUCUGGGCCCCUGCCAACAUUUGGUAGACAGUUACUUACAGGUAAGUGGAUGGUAAAUGUGUUCUGUAAGUUUAUUCACAGUUACUAAUACAACGUUUGUAUUUCAGAGGAAAUUCAAACGAUUAACACUGCAUACAUGAUAUUGUACAAAUAUCCACAAGCCAUAUAAUAAGUUCAACUUUAUAGUAAUGAAUCACAAACAACAUAUUAUAAACACUGAUGCAUCAAACAAAGGCACAUACAUUUGUAAUCAUAUUAUAUACAGUCUAACUUCACUAUAACGAACCUUUCUUAUAACGAACCCCCUUUUUAUUUUAACAAUCCAAGCAGUAAGAACUGUUUUUUUCAAUGGAAAUUAGCUUUAUAGAACGAUCACUUUUACAAAAUCUACCCGGUUAAAACGAUCUCGGUAGUGAAUGACACUGAACUUUCUCCAGUGUGAAUGUGUUAUUCUCUCAGUGAAAACAAAGACCUUCGAAGAUAAGGCUGAUUCGUAAAUAACCUAUUGUAGUGCAAAUCAUGUGUGACACAUGGAACUGUUGCCAUCUUACACAAACUGCAACCCUGGCAACAUGUGAUGCAGUAACAAGAUUGAAAUAGCGUGUAUUGACAAAAAUACGAAAAAUAUGAAGUAAUCUAUGCUGGAUAUGUUUUUCAAGAGAAAAGGCACGUAAUUAACGUAUUUAGCAUGUAAGUGUACUUUUUUCAUUUCUUUACUGUUUUCUUUUAAAUAUACAGUUUAAAUGUGAAGUUGUCUUGAAAGAACUACUGUAUAAAGGUUCAAUUCAAUUUGGCCGUUUUUUCAUUAUUCUGAUACAGCAAAUUGCCAAACCCUAUUCUAGUGAACAACCUGAUGUAACAAAGUUUUUACUAUGAAUCCUUAACAUUGUAAAGCACAGGGCAAUCCACGGUUCAUCGAGCACCAGCGACUUCUGGCUGACAGGGCGCCUGCAGGUCUGCUGUGGAGCCAUUCAGAUCUGUGCUGUCCUCCGGCACUAUAAGACUGAUAGCUUCGCUGUGGAUCUGUAGUAUGAAAAAAGACGGCUCGGCGGGACCACGUUUCGGAGGACGCGUGUGCCAGUCAUCAUUCCCUGAGUCACCAGGGAGUUGCAGCAGUGAACUGGGAUUAAUAACAACACAAUAGGUAAUUCUAAAUUGUAGAGAAAAAAAUGGGUAAAAAUCAUUGGCCAAGUCUCUUAAUUUUUUUGUUUUAUUAUUUUUUACUGCCUGUUUAAGUAAGUACUGUUAGCAGAGCCCCUAUGAUAUGCCACUUUUGACAUGAAAAGUGAUUUGGUAAAAAAUAGCCUUUAACUGUGUUGCACGAGAAUAAUAUGCUAUAAAUGUGCUUUACUGCAUUAUAGUACUUUAAAAAUGUAUGAGUGUGCUUUGCUGUUUUGUACACCAUUGAUGUUGAGUAGUCAGACAUAAUCAACUAAAGUGUGUUGACCCUCAGCAUUCACAGAUCCUAGUGUAACUCUUAUAUAUGUUAGACUUUAAUGGAUGGGGUUUUUCUUUUCAGCUUUUAGUGGUUCAUUCCCAUGUCACAGAUUCCCUCAUCUAUGGGUUUGUCUGGUCUCCAUUGAGAUUCCACCCACACUGUUUACUUGCUGCCCUCUUGUCCUGGCCAGUCUGAACCAGGCUACACACUCAUUUCAAACACGACCCACCCUAGGGAUAAAACCCCUGUGUCACACCUUCCUGAUUCUAUGAAAGAUACAGUAACCAUGGUUACCUUGUUUUUUGUUUCAACCCGGUCCGAAUAAGACUGCAAUAUUUAUCACAAAAUGGUAUGAGACGAUGUGAAUUAUUUUAUGAUUAUUGAUUACUAAGACGUCAAAUAUUUAGAUCUUGUUUGAAACUUAAACGUGGAGCAUGUCGAUCAGAAUUAAGAUGAUGUCAUUGGUUUCCAUGAAAUAACAAACAAUUACAAUCCAGUCAGCAGGUAGAACCAUGUACUAUAUAUAUAUAUAUAUACAAAAAGAAUGAAAUGUGCACAGUUAAUUUAAAGUGAAUACAAAUAAUUGUCAAGCUGGUUCUUGUUAGCCCCCUAGGGAAAAGCAGUGUUAAGCUCUGCAUACAAUAGGAAACCUGUUUAUUUACAUCUGAUCAGGAAACAUUUUCAAGAAGCAAGAGGUCAUUUACAGUGCACGGCAAGAAUACUGAAAGCAUGAAUGUUGCUGCUGUGAUGAUAACGGGUUACAGGUCUCAUUCAUAUUAAUAAAAUGAAAGCUGUCUAAACCACAGAGAAACUCAAAUCUCACCUGAUUGCCAAAGACAAAAUGUUUCUUGAAACAUGUUUCUCAAAGUUUCCUUGUUUCUGAAAACGUGAAUGUACAGUGUGUGCUGGGUUGAAUACUGUAAGUCAGAUUCAUGGCAGUUUUUUCUUUCACAGCAUGGCUCACUGUCUGGCUGCCAGUAGAGAUCACUGUCGUACAAAGCCGAUUCCUGUUCGAGGAGAAGGAAUUAAUAUCAGGGAAAUAAUAAUAAAUCAAUCAUAAAAUUUUGUACAUAAUUAGUUAAUCUAUAAAUAGAGGUAUGUAAAUGUGUGCAGUGUAUUCUUCUGGGCCACGUCAAAUGUCAUAUGAUAACGUGUAUAUUAAAUUCAUUACUGUCACCUUGGUCUCAAUCAAUUUAAUGUGUAGUGGAGUGACAUCACUCAGACCUAACCUUUUUGUGCUUUUGUAAAUAAAA